AUGGGCCCCUCACCAUGUCGCUGAAGCCCCAGCAACAGCAGCAGCAGCAGCAGCAGCAGCAACAGCAGCAGCAGCCGCCGCCCGCGGCCGCCAAUGCCCGUAAGCCCGGCGGCAGCGGCGGCCUUCUCACGUCGCCUGCCGCCGCGCCGUCACCGUCCUCAGUCUCGUCGUCCUCGGCGGUGGCUUCCUCCUCCUCGGCGGCGGCGAGCGCAGGCGGCGGGCGGCCCGGCCUGGGCAGAGGUCGAAACAGCAAAGGACUGCCUCAAUCCACGAUUUCUUUUGAUGGAAUCUAUGCAAAUAUGAGGAUGGUUCAUAUACUUACAUCAGUUGUUGGAUCCAAAUGUGAAGUACAAGUGAAAAACGGAGGUAUAUAUGAAGGAGUUUUUAAAACAUACAGUCCUAAGUGUGAUUUGGUACUUGAUGCUGCACAUGAAAAAAGUAUGGAAUCCAGUUCGGGGCCAAAACGUGAAGAAAUAAUGGAGAGUAUUUUGUUCAAGUGUUCAGACUUUGUUGUGGUACAGUUUAAAGAUAUGGACUCCAGUUAUGCAAGAAGAGAUGCUUUUACUGACUCUGCUAUCAGUGCUAAAGUGAAUGGUGAACACAAAGAGAAGGACCUGGAGCCCUGGGAUGCAGGUGAACUCACAACUACUGAGGAACUGGAGGCUUUGGAAAAUGAUGUAUCUAAUGGAUGGGAUCCCAAUGAUAUGUUUCGAUAUAAUGAAGAAAAUUACGGUGUAGUGUCUACAUAUGAUAGCAGUUUAUCUUCAUAUACGGUACCCUUAGAAAGGGAUAACUCAGAAGAAUUUUUAAAACGAGAAGCAAGGGCAAACCAAUUAGCAGAAGAAAUUGAAUCAAGUGCCCAGUACAAAGCCCGGGUGGCCCUGGAAAAUGAUGAUAGGAGUGAAGAAGAAAAAUACACAGCCGUUCAGAGAAAUUCCAGUGAACGUGAGGGCCACAGCAUAAACACUAGGGAAAAUAAAUAUAUUCCUCCCGGACAAAGAAAUAGAGAAGUCAUAUCCUGGGGAAGUGGGAGACAGAAUUCACCGCGUAUGGGCCAGCCUGGAUCGGGCUCCAUGCCGUCAAGAUCCACCUCUCACACUUCAGAUUUCAACCCGAAUUCUGGUUCAGACCAAAGAGUAGUUAAUGGAGGUGUUCCCUGGCCAUCGCCUUGCCCAUCUCCUUCCUCUCGCCCACCUUCUCGCUACCAGUCAGGUCCCAACUCUCUUCCACCUCGGGCAGCCACCCCUACACGGCCGCCCUCCAGGCCCCCCUCGCGGCCAUCCAGACCCCCGUCUCACCCCUCUGCUCAUGGUUCUCCAGCUCCUGUCUCUACUAUGCCUAAACGCAUGUCUUCAGAAGGGCCUCCAAGGAUGUCCCCAAAGGCCCAGCGACACCCUCGAAAUCACAGAGUUUCUGCUGGGAGGGGUUCCAUUUCCAGUGGCCUAGAAUUUGUAUCCCAUACCCCACCAAGUGAAGCAGCUGCUCCUCCAGCAGCAAGAACUAGUCCUGCGGGGGGCACAUGGUCAUCAGUGGUCAGCGGGGUUCCAAGAUUAUCCCCUAAAACUCAUAGACCCAGGUCUCCCAGACAGAACAGUAUUGGAAAUACUCCUGGUGGGCCAGUUCUUGCUUCUCCUCAAGCUGGUAUUAUUCCAGCCGAAGCUGUUGCUAUGCCUGUUCCAGCCGCUUCUCCUACACCUGCCAGUCCUGCAUCCAACAGAGCUGUCACCCCGUCUAUUGAGGCUAAGGAUUCCAGGCUUCAAGAUCAGAGGCAAAAUUCUCCUGCAGGGAAUAAAGAAAAUGUGAAGCCCAAUGAGACAUCACCUAGCUUCUCAAAGACUGAAAAUAAAGGUAUAUCACCAAUUGUUUCUGAACACAGAAAGCAGAUUGAUGAUUUAAAGAAGUUUAAGAAUGAUUUUAGGUUACAGCCAAGUUCUACUUCUGAAUCUAUGGAUCAACUGCUAAACAAAAAUAGAGAGGGAGAAAAAUCAAGAGAUUUGAUCAAAGACAAAAUUGAACCAAAUGCUAAGGAUUCAUUCAUUGAAAAUAGCAGCAGCAAUUGCACCAGUAGCAGCAGCAAACCGAACAGUCCCAGCAUUUCCCCUUCAAUCCUCAGUAACACGGAGCACAAGAGGGGACCUGAGGUCACAUCACAAGGGGUUCAGACUUCCAGUCCAGGAUGUAAACAAGAGAAGGAUGAUAAAGAGGAGAAGAAAGAUGCAGCUGAGCAAGUGAGAAAAUCAACUUUGAAUCCUAAUGCAAAAGAGUUCAACCCUCGUUCCUUUUCUCAGCCAAAGCCUUCUACAACCCCAACUUCACCUCGUCCUCAAGCACAGCCCAGCCCAUCCAUGGUGGGCCACCAACAGCCAGCUCCAGUUUACACGCAGCCCGUUUGUUUUGCACCAAAUAUGAUGUAUCCAGUCCCAGUGAGCCCAGGCGUGCAACCUUUAUACCCUAUACCUAUGACGCCCAUGCCAGUGAAUCAAGCCAAGACAUAUAGAGCAGGUAAAGUACCAAAUAUGCCCCAGCAGCGGCAGGACCAGCAUCAUCAGAGCACCAUGAUGCACCCAGCGUCUGCGGCGGGCCCGCCGAUUGUGGCUACCCCACCAGCUUAUUCCACACAAUAUGUUGCCUAUAGUCCUCAGCAGUUUCCAAAUCAGCCUCUCGUUCAGCAUGUGCCACAUUAUCAGUCUCAGCAUCCUCAUGUCUAUAGUCCUGUGAUACAGGGUAAUGCUAGAAUGAUGGCACCGCCGGCACAUGCCCAGCCUGGUUUAGUGUCUUCUUCAGCAACUCAGUACGGGGCUCAUGAGCAGACGCAUGCGAUGUAUGCAUGUCCCAAAUUACCAUACAACAAGGAGACAAGCCCUUCUUUCUACUUUGCCAUUUCCACUGGCUCCCUUGCUCAGCAGUAUGCGCACCCUAAUGCUACCCUGCACCCACAUACUCCACAUCCUCAGCCUUCAGCUACCCCCACCGGACAGCAGCAGAGCCAGCAUGGUGGCAGUCAUCCUGCACCCAGUCCUGUUCAGCACCAUCAGCACCAGGCCGCCCAGGCGCUCCAUCUGGCCAGUCCACAGCAGCAGUCAGCCAUUUACCACGCGGGGCUCGCACCAACCCCACCUUCCAUGACCCCUGCCUCCAAUACGCAGUCGCCACAGAAUAGUUUCCCAACAGCACAACAGACCGUCUUUACAAUCCAUCCUUCUCACGUUCAGCCGGCAUACACCAAUCCUCCCCACAUGGCCCACGUACCUCAGGCUCAUGUACAGUCAGGAAUGGUUCCUUCUCAUCCAACUGCCCAUGCGCCAAUGAUGCUAAUGACGACACAGCCACCCGGCGGUCCCCAGGCCGCCCUCGCUCAAAGUGCACUACAGCCCAUUCCAGUCUCGACAACAGCGCAUUUCCCCUAUAUGACGCACCCUUCAGUACAAGCCCACCACCAACAGCAGUUGUAAGGCUGCCCUGGAGGAACCGAAAGGCCAAAUUCCCUCCUCCCUUCUACUGCUUCUACCAACUGGAAGCACAGAAAACUAGAAUUUCAUUUAUUUUGUUUUUAAAAAAUCUAUGUUGAUUUCUUGUAACAUCCAAUAGGAAUGCUAACAGUUCACUUGCAGUGGAAGAUAUUUGGACCGAGUAGAGGCAUUUAGGAACUUGUGGGCUGUUCCAUAAUUCCAUAUGCUAUUUCAGAGUCCCGCAAGUACCCCAGCUCUGCUUGCUGAAACUGGAAGUUAUUUAUUUUUUAAUGACCCUCGAAAGUCAUGAACACAUCAGCUAGCAAAAGAAGUAACAAGAGUGAUUCUUGCUGCUAUUACUGCUAUAAAAAAAAAAAAAUCAAGACUUGGAACGCCCUUUUACUAAACUUGACAAAGGUUCAGUAAAUUCUUACCGUCAAAAUGACGGGUUAUUAUUUAUAAAUCAAGUUUGAUGGAGUGAUCACUGUCUACAGUGGUUCAACUUUUAAGUUAAGGGAAAAACUUUUACUUUGUAGAUAAUAUAAAAUAAAAACUUAAAAAAAAUUAAAAAAUAAAAAAAGUUUUAAAAACUGA